CACGCUUUACACGUGCCGGCGAUACACGUGACGCAGCACGCGGCGGCGACCACCACCGCCAGCCGGCGGCGGCACUCCAUAAGGUGGGAGCGGCCGGAAGCCGGGGACGGGAACGAAAUUGAUGGGCGGGAAGGGGAUGAUGGGGAAGGGGAAGAAGAAGCCUGGCGGCGCAGGCGGGGGCGGCACGCCGCCGCCGGAUGGCGGCGAGGCUGGCGGCGACACGGGCGUCACCUCCAGCGGCGGGGGCGGAGGCGAAGGCGAACCAGCUGGCGGCGAGGCAGGCGGCGAGGCGGGAGGUGAGGCGGGAGGUGAGGUGGGUGGUGAGGUGGGCGGUGAGACGGGCACGGCCACCAGCACUGGUGUGCCUUGCUUGGCGCAGUCGUUCAGGACGCUGACGGUGGUGCCAGACUCGGACACGGCGCGGGCGCCGUUCUGCGAAGUGGGUGUGCAGGGUGGGGUGGGGUGGUGAGCCGGGUGGGUAGUUUACUCCAAUCCCACAGAGGGAUUGCAUAGAGUGAUGCGGAGGAUCAGAGCAAGCGAUGUGGUCGUGUGGAGCGGUAGCCAUUGAGCAAGGUAUGGCUGGCGGCAUCACGGGAUCCCUGUCCGGGUCCGCGUGGAAGAGCAGCACUGCCCGCCGCAACAGACCAACGCAACGCGCGAUGCAGCUUUGUCACAACCAGGUCCGCACACGCACACGCACACGCAUGCAUACCCUACGCGCCCUGCUGGUCAUGCCGGUGCGCACACACGCACCUGGCCGCACUCAGCGUAGGCGCGCGCAAAGGCCUCUGUGAGCACUGUGCAGCCGUCGGGGUUCUUGCUGAUGGCGAUGCUGUAGGCCUCGGCGUAGGCGGAGGCGGAGGCGCCGCCCUUGCAGAUGGCCACCGCGGUGGCGGACACAAGGCCGUCAGCGGUGGCGCCACCCUCAGCCGCGGCCUGCAGCGCAGAAGGAUUGUUGGGUGAGCAGCCGCACCUGGGCAAACGCUGCACCGUACGCCUCGGCCGCACUCGAGCCGCCCUGGGUAAUGGCGUUGGCGACUGAGGUGGCGUAGGCCUGCACGUGCAGCAGUCGCACAUGCAUGCAUGCGGGCGCCGGGAGCAGUUGUUGUCCACGGCAUUAUGGGUGCGGUAAGUGCGUUAGCUUGUUAGAGAAAGGCCGGAGCACCAAAUCCCACCCUCGGCCGUGCAGGACAAUUCUCCGUGCCCAAGCUGCUGCACGCCUUGCCCCGCCGCCGCACCUGGGUGGCUUGCGCGCCGCUGCUCCUGGCCACUGCGAAGGCCUGAGACUGGGCCUGCGCGAACACGUCAAGCGCGCCCAGUUCCGCGGCCAGGCUGGCAGACUCAGCCAGCGCCGAAGAGGCGGCCUGCAGGAUUAUGGGGGUGCGGGAGCGACUGCGCGUGAGGGCGUGGGCAGUGGCGUGCGAGGCGAGUUGUGUGUAGGCUCGCAAGCGCUCGUGCGCAGUUUGGCUUGACAGGCAGACGUGCCGACGACACACGCCACACAUCCUGCACCCGUUGCACCCCAGUCCUCAGUGCUCUCUUGGCAAUCCCCCUACCUCCACGUUCUGCGUCGCCACCUGGACGGUGGUGGACGCCACGGCCUGAGAUGCCGCCCUGCCGCCGGCGGCCGCCGACAGCAGCGCCGCCGCCGCCCCGCGCACGUCUCCCUCGGCGACGGCGGUAAUGAUGCCGGUGGCGGCGCUGGCGGUGGCGUUGGCGGUAAUCAGGUCCCACGCAGGUCCCACGCAC